AUGAAGGAGACUACAGUUGUUCAUUAUCAUCAUCAGCAUCAUUCUCAUCAUCGCCUAUUAACUUUCAUUAGUACAAUUGUAUUGUUGACAAUUGUACAAGAUGUAAAAGGUUCCGGUUUAUUCGAUGAUGAUAUUACUACAACCAGGACAACGACCACAACUAAGAGUUCAGCCAACUCCCUGGAAUUGUCUUGGUUGACCAUUUCAUCAAUCUCUAUGAUAGUUAUUGGACUGAUCAAUGGUCAUUUAAGAAGAUUCAUCUUCUAG